AUGGAGUAUUACAGGCAGGUGGAGGCGGAGGCACCGUGGGUGGCGGGGUAUGGGUUCAACGGCGGGGUGCAGUGCGGGGGAGGGGGUGGGGGAGAUGCGGCGGUGGAAGGGGUGGUGAGGAAGGCGGCGGCGGAGAACGCGGUGGUGGUGUUCAGCAACAGCGGGUGCUGCAUGUGCCACGCGGUGAAGAGGCUGUUCUGCGGGAUGGGGGUGAGCCCCACCGUGUACGAGCUGGACCACCACCCAGCAGGAAAGGAAAUCGAGAGGGCUCUCCUCAGGCUGAUGAUGCGGAGUAAGAUCAGCUCCGGGCGGCAUGGCGGCGGCGGCGGGGGAGCUGUGUUGCCGGUGGUGUUCAUAGGGGGGAAGCUCGUGGGAGCAAUGGAUCGAGUCAUGGCGUCUCACAUAAAUGGGACGUUGGUUCCUCUGCUGAAGGAAGCAGGAGCGCUCUGGCUCUGA